AUCUCGCUGCAGUUGAGCACUCAUUUCUCCUUCCAUAUCUGCUGUUAGUCUCACGAGAAAACUAUUCGGGUUCCUACAUUUUAACGCGGGAGGGGAAGUAAGAUAAAAAGGCAAGGUUCAGUUCUGUGUCAAAGGCACAGGCUGGAUGCUUUUCUGAAAGUGGCUAACAUUUGUAAAUAGUGGGAUUGCAUUCCUUGCUCCUUCCUGGUUGAAGUUGCUCGGUGUGCUAGUUAUUUGUAUUGAAUCACAGUCCAUGUUGUGUCUGGUGUGUUGUCGCUGCGAUGUGCAGCCAGCGCGACACUGAUGGAUGUGCUAAUGGUGAGACGGACAGAUGUUAGGGCGGAUCUAACGGCAUGCGGAGCCAGAGCAGAGAGAGUCAGAGAGAGUGAGGGAGUGAGGGAGCUAAGGAGAGAGUCCUAGAGAAAGAGUAAGCUAGAGACAGAAAGAAAGGGGGCCGAGACAGGAAAAUAGAGAUUGGAGAGAGGGGAGAGAAGAAUAGUGGAGGAGAGGAGAGGAGAGCAGAGGAGAGCAGAGGAGAAGAGAGGAGAGAGGAGAGGAGAGGAAAGGAGAGAAGAGAAGAGGAGAGAGAGAGAGAGAGAGAGAGAGAGAGAGAGAGAGAGAGAGAGAGAGAGAGAGAGAGAGCUAUUGAGCUUAAAAAAAAUAAUCUCAAUUCAGUUAAAGUCGAGUAUUCCCUGUGCAAACAACGCAGCCUGACAUACAGACUGGAUUUUGGAGACAUUGUCUCAACUUAAACCUCGGAAGACGGCGUAGACCGCUAUUCUCACGACCGACUCCAGUAACUGACUGCGAAGACACCAGCAAGUCACAAAGACACCGAAGCUGAGAGAAUUUGGCAGCCAAGGCGGCAUCUGACAACUCACCAUUUUCUCGUUUGCAAGAAAUGUUUCAUUUCUCCCAACUGUAGCUGUUUUCCCCCGGGGACAGGGCGGUUAAGCUUAUACUUUUUCUUCCUAAAGGUCCGCUUUCAAAACAACAAACAGCGAGACAAUCCAAAAUACCCUUCCUCUCCCAUUCCCCCAGCAGCAACAACCAUCCUUCCCUUCAGCUCCCAAACCUCAGGCACAGACGGAGGAGAAAUGCCCCAGAACCCUUAGCCCUGCUAGCAGAGCACCCGAAAUCCAUCCCCUGCAACUUGGAAAGAAUACUUGGGCGCGCGGGAGACAGAGCGUCCAGUCGGCUUUAGAGGACGGGAGGACGUGGUCACUUCUGCACCUAGUAAGCUAUAAGGACUGAGCCCAGGUCUUGAUCCUGCUCUUGAAUACAGGGUCUCAAUGGGCAGCUUUGCUUUGAUCUUUCUGUUCAAGUAAGAUCAUUGACUCUCUGACUUAAGAAAUUAUCCUUGUGUACUUAAAAAAAAAAAGAGAGGAGAGAGAGAGAGAGAGAGAGAGAGAGAGAGAGAGAGAGAGAGAGAGAGAGAGAGAGAGAGAGAGAGAGAGAGAGAGAGAGAGAAGAGAAGAGAAGAGAAGAGAAGAGAAGAGAAGAGAAGAGAAGAGAAGAGAAGAGAAGAGAAGAGAAGAGAAGAGAAGAGAAGAGAAGAGAAGAGAAGAGAAGAGAAGAGAAGAGAAGAGAAGAGAAGAGAGAAGAAGAAGAAAAGGAAAAGGAAAAGGAAAGACUCAGGGAAGGGGGGAGGGGGGGAAAGCAACCCAAUCAACCAACCAGACCCUGCUUUGCUACUGGGGCUGGGAUCGGGAGUCCCGAGUCUGAAGCUCUGAGGCGGCGGCAGCCCCGGGGAGAGAGAGGAACGCCUCGGCUUUGCUGGGACUGUCAUUAAGUGAUUCCCCCAGCCCACGCGGGGAAAGCAGGAGAGAGGGGGAGAAAGGCAGAAGCAGAAGCAGAGACAGGCAAGCAGCAGGGGGUGGGCAGGGGCGGGGGCCCAGGAAAAAGUGCACUUGGCGGCCAGGCCAGGAAGGUGCUUGGCCAUAGCUACCAGUCCAUGUUCGCAAAGCACUGGAAACAGAAAUCAGUCCCCUCCUUCGGGCUGCGCAUUAUUGCAAACCCAGGGAGACGCAAUCAAACCCACAGCGCAUCGAUGCGCCGCCGCCAGCGCUCCGCUCUCCGGGCCAGGGGAUUGCACAAAUGAACUCGGACAGACGCACGCACCCGCCGCCUCUUGCCUGUUGCGGCCGCCGCGGCUCCAGCCCAGCCGCCGGCUCCGAGGACCGCUGAUCCUGCAGCGGCGGCUGCUGCGGCCGCCCGGGCCGGCCAGCCUGUCCGCACAUCCCCACUGGAUGCCGUGAGCCCCCUCCCCCCGGGGAGGGCCCGGGCUGGGGCUGGAAGAGGAGCUAGGGCUCCCCUCUGCCCCUCCUCUCCUGCUCUCCAUCCUCGGAUUUCCCCCUCUCCCCCACCUCCAAUUCUCUGCUCCCCCCCCUCCGCCCCACAACCAGGCGCACCUCAUCUGGGCCCGGGGAGGGGGAGGCCCGGCUGCGCCUCCCCCUCCUCCUCCUGCCUCCGGGGCGAUUUGUCAAACUUCCCAUUCUGCCGGCAGCUCCGUCCUCCUACCACCUCCCCUCCCUCCUCUUCCUCCUCCUCCCUCUCCCUCCUGCUCCCUCCUCCCUCUUCCCCUCUCCUCCUCCCUCACGUUUGUGGGAUCGUGUAUGAGCAAGAAGGGGGGAAAAGCUGAGAGACUGGAGGAAGCAGGAUCACACGGGAGAUCUCCGGGGGGGAGGCUGAGAUAACUCUGCCAACCUCCCCCCCCCAGAGCUCCAACCCCAGCGCCACCCACUCCCCUCCCUUCUCCUCCCUCCCCUCUCCGCUCGCCACCCCCCUACCCCUGGCAGCAGCAGCAGCGGCGGCGGCGGCGGCGGCGGCGGCGGCGGCGGCGGCGGCGGCGGCGGCGGCGGCGGCAGCAGCAGUCGCUGGAGAGCAGGAUGCCGAGGAGAAAGCAGCAAGCGCCCCGGCGCGCAGCAGCCUAUGUUUCAGAUGAAUUGAAGGCAGCUGCCCUGGUCGAUGAGGACAUGGACCCUGAUGAGACCGCAGCAGAAGGGGAGCCCUCCGCCAAAUAUGCAUGCCCUGAGAAAGAGUUCAGUAAGACCUGUCCCAGCUACCAGAACUCUCCUGCUGCUGAAUUUUCCAGCCAUGAGAUGGACAGUGAAUCUCACAUUAGUGAGACCAGUGAUCGAAUGGCUGACUUUGAAAGCAGCUCGGUUAAAAACGAGGAGGAAAGCAAGGAGGUGCCCAUUCCACUGGAAGACUCGGCGGUGUCUGACAGCUUGGAGCAGAUGAAGGCUGUCUAUAACAACUUCCUCUCCAACUCAUACUGGUCCAAUCUCAAUCUGAACCUGCACCAGCCUUCCUCAGAGAAGAAUAAUGGUAGCAGCAGCAGUAGCAGCAGCAGCAGCAGCAGCUGUGGGAGUGGCAGCUUUGAUUGGCAUCAGAGUGCCAUGGCCAAGACCCUACAGCAAGUGUCUCAGAGCCGGAUUCUCCCAGAGCCCAGUCUCUUUAGCACAGUACAGCUGUACCGACAAAGCAGCAAGCUUUAUGGGUCCAUAUUUACUGGGGCCAGCAAAUUCCGCUGUAAAGACUGCAGUGCAGCCUAUGAUACGUUAGUAGAAUUAACAGUGCACAUGAAUGAAACAGGACAUUAUCGAGAUGACAACCAUGAGACUGAUAACAACAACCCUAAGAGGUGGUCCAAACCCCGCAAACGAUCCUUGCUGGAAAUGGAAGGAAAGGAAGAUGCUCAAAAAGUUUUAAAGUGCAUGUACUGUGGCCAUUCUUUUGAGUCUCUCCAAGACUUGAGUGUUCAUAUGAUUAAAACAAAACACUACCAAAAAGUGCCUCUGAAGGAACCCGUCACGCCUGUUGCAGCCAAGAUCAUUCCCGCCACCAGAAAGAAAGCUCCACUGGAGCUUGAGCUUCCCAGCUCCCCAGAUUCCACAGGUGGGACCCCAAAGGCAACUAUGUCAGACACAAACGAUGCUCUACAGAAGAACUCCAACCCCUACAUUACGCCAAAUAACCGCUAUGGCCACCAGAAUGGGGCCAGCUAUGCCUGGCACUUUGAGGCCAGAAAAUCCCAGAUCCUCAAGUGCAUGGAGUGCGGCAGCUCCCAUGACACUCUGCAGGAGCUCACAGCCCACAUGAUGGUGACUGGACACUUCAUCAAGGUCACCAACUCGGCCAUGAAGAAAGGGAAGCCCAUCAUUGAGGCUCCCGUCACUCCAACCAUCACAGCUCUGCUUGAUGAGAAGGUACAAUCUGUGCCCCUGGCAGCCACCACAUUUACCUCUCCCUCCAACACACCCUCGAGCAUUUCCCCAAAAUUAAAUGUGGAAGUCAAAAAGGAAACUGACAAAGAGAGAGUGGUGACUGAAGAAAAAAAUAAGGACAAAGAAAAAUCAACUGAAGAAGAGGAGAAGUAUGACAUCUCUUCUAAGUACCAUUACUUGACUGAAAAUGACUUAGAGGAGAGUCCCAAAGGAGGUCUGGACAUCUUAAAAUCACUAGAAAACACAGUCACAUCCGCUAUCAACAAAGCCCAGAAUGGUACUCCUAGCUGGGGCGGCUAUCCCAGUAUCCAUGCAGCCUACCAACUCCCGAACAUGAUGAAACUGUCUCUGGGCUCCUCAGGGAAGAGCACACCCCUGAAACCUAUGUUUAGCAAUAGCGAGAUAGUGUCCCCCACAAAGAACCAGACCCUGGUAUCUCCACCCAGCAGCCAAACCUCCCCGAUGCCAAAGACCAACUUCCAUGCCAUGGAAGAGCUGGUCAAGAAAGUCACAGAGAAAGUCGCCAAAGUUGAAGAAAAGAUGAAGGAACCCGAGGGGAAGCUCUCCCCCAUGAAACGGGCCACACCUUCCCCCUGCAGCAGUGAGGUGAGUGAGCCCAUCAAGAUGGAGGCCUCCAGCGAUGGCGGGUUCAAGAGCCAAGAGGAUAGCCCCAGCCCUCCGAGGGAUGGGUGCAAGGAGAGCAGCCCCCUGGCAGAGCCAGUAGAGAAUGGCAAGGAAUUGGUGAAGCCUAUGACCAGUGGCUUAAGCAGCAGUACAGCUAUCAUUACUGACCACCCUCCCGAGCAGCCCUUUGUUAACCCCUUGAGUGCCCUCCAGUCCGUCAUGAACAUCCAUUUGGGGAAGGCGGCCAAGCCCUCCUUGCCUGCCCUUGACCCCAUGAGCAUGCUCUUCAAGAUGAGCAACAGUUUGGCGGAAAAGGCUGCAGUGGCAACCCCACCUCUGCAGUCCAAGAAAGCAGACCACUUAGACCGCUAUUUUUACCACAUCAACAAUGACCAGCCCAUUGACUUGACAAAAGGAAAGAGUGACAAAAGCUGUUCUUUAGGUUCAGUGCUCUUGUCACCCACGUCAACAUCCCCCGCCACCUCUUCAUCCACGGUGACAACGGCGAAGACGUCGGCCGUCGUGUCGUUCAUGUCAAACUCGCCGCUCCGUGAGAAUGCCUUGUCAGAUAUCUCUGAUAUGUUGAAGAACCUGACAGAGAGCCACACGUCAAAAUCUUCCACACCUUCUAGCAUCUCCGAGAAGUCUGACAUUGACGGGACCACGUUAGAAGAGCCCGAGGAGACGACCCCGGCCCAGAAGAGGAAGGGACGCCAGUCCAACUGGAAUCCCCAGCACCUGCUGAUCUUACAGGCCCAGUUUGCCGCCAGCCUCCGACAGACGUCGGAGGGGAAGUACAUCAUGUCGGACCUGAGCCCCCAAGAACGGAUGCACAUCUCCAGGUUCACGGGCCUCUCAAUGACCACCAUCAGCCACUGGCUGGCCAAUGUGAAAUACCAGCUCAGAAGGACAGGGGGAACGAAGUUCCUCAAAAACUUGGACACUGGCCACCCUGUGUUCUUUUGUAACGACUGUGCGUCACAAAUCAGGACUCCUUCCACGUACAUCAGUCACCUGGAGUCACAUCUGGGUUUCAGAUUGAGGGACUUGUCCAAACUGUCCAACGAACAGAUUAACAAUCAGAUAGCACAAACUAAGUCCCCGUCAGAAAAACUGGUGACAUCAUCUCCCGAAGAGGAACUGGGGACUUCCUACCAGUGUAAACUUUGCAAUCGGACCUUUGCAAGCAAGCAUGCCGUUAAACUUCAUCUUAGCAAAACACAUGGGAAAUCGCCAGAGGAUCAUCUCUUGUAUGUCUCAGAGCUCGAGAAGCAGUAGCAUUUGCUUUCGAUUAAAAUGACUGUAAUUUGCUUUGAGGAAAACUGUCAAAGGCACCUUAAAGCUACUAUUUCCUUCUUGGCACAUGUUCUUACUCUAACGGCAGAGAAUCACUCUGGGCUGAACUGUUUUGUAUAACUGUACAGUGUUUAAUAGAGGCGCAUAAUCAGCUGUUGUUACUGGUAAAAUAUGAAGGUUAAAAUGCAGUGGUAAGUGUUUGGAACUUUGUGUAAAUUGGAUUUAGUUGUGGGCAUCCCUCCGAUGCUUCAAGCUGCAUGCAUUAACAGACAGUUUAAUUAAGCAUUUAUAAGGAAAUCUGGCACACUUUUUCCAUGUGACCCGAGUGUGUUGGCAUUUCUCACCCUUUAAUCUUUAGCCCUCUGAGUACUUUGAAGCACUUUUGCAUUAAUUUGGUUUAAAAAAAGAAUAAUAAUAAUAAUGAUAAUGUAUGGAGCUCUUUUUUUUAAAUCCUUACCAGCUUAGUUAUAAUUAAUAAUAUGAACCUCCAUUUAUGCAGGUCUGCAGGGGUAUACCAAGCCUUGAAAUUAAAAAAAAAAUAUUAUUUUCACAUUGAAACAUAGAUGUAUAUAUUGUAUAGAUUUCAGACUCUCUUAUGAAAAAAAAAAUGUGAUCGUGGUUAAAUGACCUUUUUUUCUGCAUUUAUAGCAACAGUGUUUUAUGUACCUGCUAUGCUCUGGGCAUAAGCUGUGCCUAUGUAUAGUGUAUAUUUCUCUCUCCCUUCUUUUUUUUUUUUAGGUCUAUGUUUUGUUUUUGUUUUUGUUUUUACAUUCAAACAUUGUAAAUUAUACAAAAGAUACCACAGAUAGCAUUUAUAAAGUAUGCAGAAACAUUAUUCUAAAAGCAAAGUAUGAUUGUUUUGCUAUACAGUACAUCUAUAUUGAUAGAGGUUCAUGUUUAAAUUAUGCAUAUUUAUUAGCAUCAUGUUAUCCUUUGUUUUGAGCAGUCUGAUAACAGAGGCCAGGGAGUGCAUCCAUGGCGAGCAUCAUAACUAUUUUGCACAUGAUUUUUAAAGGUAUUUAUUAGAAAUCAAAGGAAGUUCAAAACAAACUCAGUGCUCAAAGGGUUAAGUCUAUUUGAAAAGGAAAGAAAAAAGAAAAAACUUGUACUGUAUUUCCUAAACAUUGAUAAAGCCUUUAAAAUGUUUGUACUGUAACACUUUGCUUAAAAGUUAUGAGGCAUUCUGUGAUACAACCUCUUUUACUUAUUUAUAAGUCUUCUUGGUUGCUAUUUCAUAUUGUAGAAUGCCUUUUUAUUUCAAUUGGUAACUUUCUGUUUUGUUCUGCCUAAUUAUUCUCCCAAGAUUCCAUACUCCAGCUUUAUCUUUAGGCAUAUGAAAGGUAACCCGUGGUUACCGGCACACUAAGUGAUUCUGUUCGUCUCCAUUUUUGGCAGUUAAUUUGCAGAAGUAACUGACAGCUGACACCAUAUGAGAAUCUAUGUAUAAAAUAUUGGCAUGUAAACAGCACAGACCCUGUAACGCACUCUGUGCCCUGUUUUGUUGUUGACAAUGAAGCACCAUUAUAUGACUCUUCAUAUAACCUUUUUUUCUACUGCAGCAUUAAAAUUGUCUUUUUGCUAUAAUUUUGUGUUGCGUUCACAAUUAUGUCUGAAAUGUGCUACGACUAACGAGCACAUUAAAAUUAAAUUGUAUGCGAUCUGUU